ACGGAACACAGAGGCUGGCAGUUGGUGGGCUCUGGAUGAGAGAGAGAAGCUGCUUUGGCUCUAGCUGUCAAGAUGCCCAGAGGGUAGCUGCUUGGUAUUUCUAGGAUGGACCCAGAAAAGCCAUUGGUUCCCUCUCUUUGGCUGUCUUGAUAUUUCUUCCUGUUCCUACUGCUGAUGCUACAGAUAAUGGAUUUCUACUGGUGCUGGUGACAUCUCUCUGAGACUGCUGUCUGGAGCAAAGAAGGACUCUUGUUUCCAUUGUCAAGCCUUACCUAUGGUGGAGGACCAUGAAACAGUGCCCGGAGGAGCACUAUUGGGACUUCCUACUGCAAAAGUGUACCCCCUGUGAAUAUCGAUGCAAGAGACCCAACCACCAGAACUGUGACAUGUUUUGCAAGUCUCUGAGGUGCAAGAAACAAGGCAGCUACUAUGACCAUCUUGUGAAAGACUGCAUCAGCUGCUACUCCAUCUGUGGACAGCACCCAAAGCAAUGUGCACACAUCUGCCAGAAAGGUCCCCUGUCACACCUGGAGCAGGAGCUGAGUGGGGACCCGGGACAGCUGGCUGUGGUCUACACCGUGCUGGGGCUGUGUGUGUGCGCUGCCUUCUGCUGCUUUGUCAUCACAGUGGCCUGCUUCCUCAGAAGGAAAGGAGAGCAGCCUCCUCCAGGGAGGCUUCAGGACUUCACUGAGGAUCAUUUAAUGGAGGCAGGAAGAGUAGGAGGUGGCUCCAAGGAGCUCAGGACGCCCGAGCCUGUGGAAACGUGCGGCUUUUGUUUCCCGGAGCAGACUCCCCCGACUGAGGAGAGCGCAGCCCCGACCGAGGCCUCCCGUCCCGAGGAGGAGAAUGGAGUCGCGCCCAGGGGAUGGCUUGGCCCGGUGGGGACGGCGUCCUCGGGGCCUCCCCCAGGCUGCAAGGAAGGCUGCCUCAAUAUCAUCUGCUCCCCCUCCCAGGAGAAAGCGCCCCCCUCCUGAAACAGGCCGCCAUCGGAAGGAGCUUCAGCGGCUGCCCCGUCUGCUCUCGCCCCGAACGAAUCCAUCUGCAGGAAACACGCCUUCCUGCGGCAGCCCGAGCUGCAAGACCAGCUCCUUUCUCGAGCGCCCCACCCCCACCCCGGGCCGGCCCUGCUCCAUUGGGCUAUUCUCGCGGUCUCCCCGUCCCCCUAAUAUGGCAGAAAUUGAACAAA